AUAUUCACGUAGCGAAUGGUUAUUAAGAUGCGCAGCAUAUUUGCAAAGAAAAGCUGUUUAUUGAUUGUGAAUAGAAAGCGAGGGGAACUGUCGUGUCUGAGACUUCAGUUUUGUAAAUAUUUUUGUUUGCUCGUGGACUUUUGAGUCGAUUCCCGAAAAAGUGGUUGUCUAUCGCGAGAAAUGACUUUAACUAUUAUAGGAAGUGUUUACCUACAUGGCGGAAUGUUAACCUCUAGAGGCUCCGGUAUUACUUCGAAUUCAGGUAGAGUUUGAUGCGAAUAUACUGACGGAUUUAUUCAUUUAUGGAGCAGCCCCGACCAUAUUCUCCAAAUGGAUCGAAAUCAGGAAGGUGCUGUGUGUCCCAAAUGUGAACAACGGAACGAAACCUAUCAUUUGAAAUUCAUGUACAUAAGUAUGAAUGAAAUGGUAUUGAAAUGUGAAAGCUCCACGUGUCUCUUCCCAUUCAAAAAUUUCAAAUAUAAGGACGUUAGAGAUGGUUCAAUAUCGACCCCGAAGUUUUUGAAAAAGGAUUCUCCCCAAUUCUUAGAACCAAGUCAAAAUCAGAGCAUAGGAAAUCCACAAAGCAACUCCGGCGUCGAAGUAUUUAACGACACAUUUCCAUCCGAGUUACUACUAAAUGAAACCCUUGGAAACAAAGAAUUAUCGAAGACAGAAGCAUGUCCUGAAAUUGAAUUUGACUUUUCUAAAAUAUUCAAUACAAACGAAGAACAUAACGGAAAUUCGAUUGAUCUGAAAGGAUUAGAGAUUACAGAGGUUUCAAAAGGACCUGAUGAUAUGAAACCAACUAAAGUAAUUCAAGAUCAACCGCCAACUUAUGUUGGUCUCCCGAAGACAACUGAAGUGAAAAGGGAGUUCGGGAACGUGAAACAAAUAAAGCAAGAGGAACCAAUCAAAGAAUUGAAAUUCGAAUAUCACAAUGCACAAACUACAACUAAAGACAAUACUAAGGAUGAGACGACAACUGCAACAAUCUCCCGAUACCUCGAUUUCAUAACAGCAAAACAUAAAAAAACGAAAACGACGAAGAGCAAGACGGUAAAAGUUGAAAAGGAAAUAAAAGUGACAAACAUAUUAAAUGUGGAUGAAAAGAAGACUGUAAAGCCGAGAGUAUUGAAUCGGCCGUUGGACAUUCUAAGAACGAUUCAAAGUUUGCAAUAAUGUAUAUACAACUCUUAGGUCUGUAUCGAAAUAUGUUUAAGUUGUAAAUAACGUAUAAGUUUUAAUUUUCCACAACACACAUUGUUCGUGUGUGAAUUUAGAUAUAUAAAUUAUAUGAAAUAAAUUAUACAGAAUUUCAGUUUUUCCUGGCAA